AUGGGAUUGUGUCAGAGUGACGAGGAUAAGACGGGUUUCGAAAAGAGUAAGCAGAUUGACAAGCAGAUCAAGCAAGGUGCAGCCACAGAUGAACGAACCGUAAAACUUUUGCUCUUAGGAGCCGGUGAGUGCGGCAAAAGCACAGUGUUGAAACAAAUGCGAAUUUUGCACAAUAACGGGUUUACUGACGAUGAAAUGAUGCAACAGAAACGGGUUGUAUACAAUAAUACGGUGACAGCAAUUCACCAACUCAUUAAAGCAAUGCAACAAUAUCAAAUCAAAUAUUCAAAUCCGGAGAGGCAGGUUGACGCCAUGGUUAUCCAGGACGUUAUCAAACAAGGACGAGAAUCUGAACCGUUCACACCGGAGUUAGCUGUAGCAAUAAAGAAACUAUGGGGAGAUAGAGCUGUGCAACAAAUCUAUGAAGAAAAACGAUUAGAAUGCCAUCUUCACGAAAGCACGCGAUUUUUUUUGGAUAGCGUUGACAGAAUAUCAAAUGUCAAUUACAAGCCAACUGAUCAAGAUAUACUUCUCACUCGGAUAAAAACCACUGGGAUCGUGGAAGUCGCAUUUGUUAUCAAGAAAGUCCACUUCAGAGUAUUCGAUGUUGGUGGACAAAGGUCAGAACGGAAAAAGUGGAUACAUUGCUUUGAAGAUGUCAAUGCUAUUAUCUUUAUUGCAGCAGUCAGCGAGUACGACGAAGUCUUGUUUGAAGAUGAAACUACGAAUCGAAUGCUGGAAUCUCAACGCUUGUUUGAGUCAAUAUGCAACAGUCGCUGGUUCAUCAACACUUCAAUAAUUUUAUUCAUGAACAAGAAGGACUUGUUUAUGGAGAAAAUCAAACGCGUUUCUAUCAAAACAGCAUUCCCAGAAUAUUCAGGUCCACAAACGUACGAGGACUCAAUUAAGUACAUCAAGCAACGAUUCGAAAUGCUGAAUCAAAACCCAAAGAAAACUAUUUUUGUGCAUGAGACUUGCGCCACGGACACUGAUCAAGUUCAGAAGAUCCUCGACUCAGUCAUUUCAAUGAUCAUACAACAAAAUCUGCACAAGAGUGGUCUCUAUUAA